AUGUUUGAGCUGUUUACUGAAGGGGUAACACUACUUAAUGCAAUUUCGUUAUUGGCAUUUAUAACGACAGUCGGGUUGUUCUUCUGUGGCUUUCCGAUAUGCCGACAAAUUUUGAAAAGACAUGGUACCAAAGAAAUCAGCGGUGCUCCAUUUAUGAUGGGAGUUGUUGGCGGUUCAUGUUGGUGGACCUAUGGAUACCUGAAAAACGAUCAAACACUACUCUAUGUGACCACUACUCAAAUUAUUUUAUACGCAUCAUAUCUGACUUUUUACUGGUUUAUGACCGAAAGAAAACUGAAAAUCACACUUAAAUGUGGCGCAGUUAUCGGAAUCUGCGUAACUCUUUACCUGCUUGUUCAUUUCUUCGGUAUGAAAGUCCAUCAUCCACUUGGCGUUGUCUGCUUAUGCCUAAAUGUUGCUGAUUUUGCUGCACCUUUGGCUGGAAUGAAGUAUGUAAUCCGAAAUUGGUCAACUCAGACCCUACCACUUCCGCUCUGUAUCGCUAACUUUUUGGUAUCAUCUGAAUGGUUCAUUUACGGUACCUUAGUUCAAGACCUUUAUCUGAUGCUUCCUAACGGGAUUGGUUCAGUUCUAGCCAGCGGCCAGCUGAUCCUUUUUAUAGUUUUGCCGCGUAAAACUGGAUUACAAAGCCCAUUACGAAAACUUUUCAACAUUCUUCUAUGCCGACAAACUGCUCGUGUAGCGGAUGUGGAGCCAGACUCCAGUAGGGAAUCAUUGCAUCUUCGUUACCAUUUUAAAGUUAUAUCAAAAGAGAUGACCAAAGAAGGAGUUGGCUUACCAAAACAUACUUGGUCAGAGCGAGUGAUUGCAAAUGUUACCGAAGAAAUUGGCAGCGUUCUGCAGAAAUGUUCCAUCAAAGAUCAAUUUGGCUAUAACAACGAGUUAGUAAAUGAAGAAAGCGAUACGGUUUCGUGCACUAGUUCAUCAACACUGGGAAGGCCUAUUUCUAAAGCAAUCCUUCCCGAAAGUUUUAUUGUUGUGGCAACAGUAGAACCCGAGGGAAAAGACCAGAAAACCGAUGACAGUGCACAAGGAACGAAAGAGUACCAUUUGGCAUCAUUUGCAAGUCAGUUAAUGGCCACGCUGGAACCUGAGGUUAAAGCUGAAGUAAAAGCAGCUUCACGGCCUAAAUAUACCAUAAAACGUUCGUACAGUUUUCCAAACCUAAAAAUUAAUAUUUGA